AUGACAACAACAUCACAACACAAAGACAAAGCAAAAAGAGAAGAGAAGAAAAAUCAUGAAGCUCAUGAACGUUCCAAAUUUGGUCAUUUGGCAUUUUUACACAUUAACAAACUUAUGAAGCCUAAGCAUUUAAAAAAAGAUACAUUUGGAAUUCUUUCCAUUUCACCUGCACAAAAGCCGCAAGUGAAUAUUCUUAAUAAGAUUUUAGCAACUAACAAGCUAAAGUUCUAA